AUGGAGGAUGACGAACACGCCGUCCGGAAAAUGAGCAGGGUUAAACUCGAGGACGGCGUUGCCAAUGGCGCGCUGGCGGACGUGGACGCAGAUGGCUUGACGCCGGCCCCCGACGCGAGAAACGGGAAGUCCCCUUCCUCUUCAAACGAUGUCGAUGGCAUCAAGCCCCGCGGCGAGAGCGUCGGUACCCCCAGCUCCUCGAAGCCCCCCGGGCUGUCUCGAAAAUCGUCCCAACGUUCGGCCGCACGCGAGGCGCCGCUGUUCGAUCACCUUCCCGACAUGACCUCCGAUUCCUGCCAGACCUUCCAGGUCAUCUCCGACUGCCUCUACGGAUCAAAAAAUCUGGGCUCCACAGAUAACGACGCGCUUGACUGCGACUGCAGGGAAGACUGGCAAAAUGGCGAGAACCAUGCCUGUGGCGAGGACUCGGACUGCAUCAACCGAGCAACGAAAAUGGAGUGCUGCGCUGAUGCCGGCAACUGCGGCGGCGGUUGCCAGAACCAGAGGUUCCAGCGCAAGCAGUGGGCCAGCGUUUCCGUCAUCAAGACAGAAAAGAAGGGCUUCGGGCUGCGCGCCGACGCGUUCCUGCAGCCCAACCAGUUCAUUUACGAGUAUAUUGGCGAGGUCAUCAACGAGCCCACCUUCCGCCGCCGCAUGCUCCAGUACGACGACGAGGGCAUCAAGCAUUUCUACUUCAUGUCGCUCAGCAAGAGUGAAUUUGUCGACGCGACUAGAAAGGGUAAUCUUGGCCGCUUCUGCAACCACUCGUGCAACCCCAAUUGCUACGUCGACAAGUGGGUGGUCGGGGACAAGCUGCGCAUGGGUAUCUUCGCUCUGCGCAACAUUCGUGCCGGCGAGGAGCUGGUCUUCAACUACAAUGUCGACCGCUACGGGGCCGAUCCGCAGCCUUGCUAUUGUGGAGAGCCCAACUGCGUUGGCUUCAUCGGCGGCAAGACGCAGACGGAGCGCGCGACCAAGCUGCCCGCAACCAUCGUCGAGGCUCUCGGUAUCGACGAUGCUGACGGGUGGGACACGGCCGUCGCCAAGAAGCCGCGGAAGAAGCGGCCUGAUGAGGAAGACGAAGAGUACGUCAAUAGCAUACAGGCCCGCAGUUUGGACGAAGACGAUGCCCGCAAGGUCAUGGCGGCGCUCGUGCAGUGCAAGGAGAAGUGGAUCGCUGUCAAGCUUCUGGAGCGCAUUCAGCGUUGCGACGACGAGCGUGCCAUCCAUUCCGUCAUGCGCAUGCACGCAUACCAGAUUUUGAAGACGACGCUCAACACCUUUAUCGACGACCACAACCUGGUCCUCCAGGUGCUCGAGAUCCUGGACAAGUUCCCGCGCCUUACCAGGAACAAGAUUCAAGACUCCAACAUCGAAGCCACGAUUCAGAAUCUUGCCUCGUCUGAGCACGAGGACGUAUCAUCGCGGUCCAAACAGCUCCUAAAGGACUGGAGCAAGCUGGAGGUGGCAUACCGCAUCAGACGGCGCAAGGUUGACCCCAAUGCACCUGUGCAGAAUCUUUACGAAGAACGUCGUGGCGGCCAAGCUCGCGAGGAGGAGACGGCUCAGUCGACACCCAAGACGGCUUCACCUCGCCCCCCCGACGCCCCCAAAGGACCUCGCAGCAACGUUCCCCAACGUAACAACUCCUUCUUCUUCAACUCGCAGCGCCAACGACGCCCCCCUCUCCCCGACGGGUGGUUCACCGCCAAGGAUGGAAGAGGUAACACCUACUUCUAUACCAAGUCUGGGAAGACCACAUGGCAACGACCAACACUUCCGGCGAGCGAUUCCGCUCAAAAGGGACCCUCGAAGGCCAUACAGGAGCAACUGGCCAUUCAGAGUAUCAUUGACAAGGUGACGAAGGAAGGCACCCCGAAGCAGCCCGCGUCUCAGCCAAAGGAAGUGUCCGAGGUGCAUCCGGCGGAGAGUAAAAAGGGCAAAUGGCGGACUCUGCCACAGGACAAGCAGAUGAAGAUUUACGAAAACACGGUGUUUCCUACCGUGAAACAUGUCCUGGACAAGUUCCGCCAUAAGCUUCCCAAGGACGAGUUGAAGAGACUGGGCAAGGAGAUUGCCAAGAAGCUCGUUGCAUCGGACUACAAAAACAAUCGGGUCGAGGAUCCUACGGCCGCGCUCAACGAGAAGCAAGUGCUGAAGAUCAAGAAGUACGUCUCGGACUUUCUGAACCGAGCUGUCGAGAAGUACGGCGCCCACCAGAAGCGAAAGGGUGCCAAGGACAGCCCCAGCUCCGGCGAUCCUGCAACGCUCGGACAGCAUGGAAAGACACAGUCGGACGCGGCGAGGGACGAAGAGAAGUUUGACGGGACCGAGGAUGCCACCAUUAGUGAUGCUGGUUCUCCGAGCAGCCUAGAUCGGAAGCGCAAGCGAGACGCAGAACUGGCUGAUUCUGCCAGUGCAACUCCAUCGGAAGGGCCGGAUAUCAAGAGGCUGAAGGAGGGCGAUACCGGAGAGCCCAGCCCCCCACCUCCACCACCUCCACCGCCCGAGUCUGCGCCUGAGGAUGAGAUGGCGGACGAGCGCAGGGCUUUGCGAGAGCAGGAAGAGGCGCUCGAAAGGGAGAAUGAGGAGGCCCAGCGUCUCGAGGAUGAAGCCAACAAGACCAAGAUGAUGGAGGACGCGGCUGAAGAGAUGCGCAAGGAUAUCGCACUGGCAGCUUGA